CUGCGGCUUGCCCGGCGGGAAGUGACGCGCUGCGUCAGGCGGAAGUGACGUGCGUGGCGUGCAGGCCCGGACCGGCGGGGGGGUUUGGACAAGAUGGCUGGAUCCACAGUUAAAGUACCUCGUAAUUUUCGCUUGUUGGAAGAACUAGAAGAAGGGCAGAAAGGAGUAGGUGAUGGUACAGUAAGCUGGGGCCUUGAAGAUGACGAGGACAUGACACUCACCAGGUGGACAGGAAUGAUUAUUGGGCCACCGAGGACAAACUACGAAAACAGAAUAUACAGUCUGAAAGUAGAGUGUGGACCUAAAUACCCAGAAGCACCUCCUACAGUUAGAUUUGUAACUAAAAUUAAUAUGAAUGGAAUAAAUAAUUCCAAUGGAAUGGUGGAUGCACGAAGCAUACCAGUGUUAGCAAAAUGGCAAAAUUCUUAUAGCAUUAAAGUUGUACUUCAAGAGCUAAGACGUCUAAUGAUGUCCAAAGAAAAUAUGAAGCUUCCACAACCUCCAGAAGGACAAACUUACAACAAUUAAUUUUAGCUGAUUCUGAAACUUAUGUCUUAAAACAACAACCUUCUACUCAUGUUAAUGUCUUGAUUAAAUCUCACAAUGCAAACACCCACACAUUAAAAA